AUGGCUGAAUCAAAAUGCGUGCGGGUAUCUACGGUCCCUGUUGAGCAACGAGAUGUUAUGGAUUCAGCGGACCUCAGUUGGGGGACUUAUCACUCGCCGCAGGAGCGGAGGAGGACUGCAACCAAGGGCCAUGUUCAAAUGAUGAGCUCGGAGAAUAAGCCCUAUCCCCACGCUGCAACUGUCGACCUAGAAACGAAUGUCGCAGCCUACAAGUAUUUCUUCAACGAUACUCGCUCCAACAUCACCCUUACGAAUACCACCGUGGACGCGAUCGAGUUUGCCCCCAGGAAUGGCAGCCUCUCCAAACGUCGUGCUCAUGUCCGCCGCCGAGAUGACGAAGUUCUUAUCAUUUCUGAUAACGGAGGAAAGGUUGACAAGAGUAUUUGGGACGGAGUGAAAGAAUGGGGUCAGGACGCACAGAAGUGGAUCAAGAGUGUUCCUGGCAAAGUGGUAAAGAUGGCGCUGGCCAUUAGAGACCUAGCAAAGCUCGGAUUCGACCUAGCUAAAGUGCCCUUCGGGUAUCCCUUUGAACGGUCAUUCAGUGAGGACUUCAAAAUCAAGGAGAAACUUGUGGGUAAAGCACACAAAAUCUUAGGACAUGAGAACGGAUACCAGCUAGGUCCCAAAGAUGAGGGGGAGUACGGAACUGUGAAGACCAAAGGCACCAUUCAAUGCGCCAAGUGUGGCCUGUCAGCCAAUUUCAAUGUGAGGGGCCGAUUGAAAUUUACCAGGGAAGACGGAGUUACGGCAGCUACUGCAACUUUCGAUAAUUAUGACCCAAUUACUGUUGAUGCAAUCUUCGGUAUCAACGGCAAGAUAUCAUAUGAAAAAACAUGGGAAAAGCCAAUUCCCAUCAAAAAACAGCCCACACCAAUUGAUAUUCCCGGGCUCAUCACUAUUGGCCCGAUGAUCAAGGUCAAUGUCGCAUUCACUGUGACAGUUGAAGGUGAGGCCGAGAUGUUAGUGGGUGGAAGUUAUUCGAUGGCGAAGGGGAGCGCUACCAUCGACCUGGUUCAGUCAGACAACACAGCAAUUGAAGGACUCGAUCAGAAUUUUACUCCGACCAUCGAACUUAGUGGCACCCUGACCGGAACAGCAGAAUUUGGACUACCCUUUACCGUGGAGGCUGGGAUUGAUUUCCUGGAUGGUAAGUGGAGGGCGACUGCCGGUAUGACCGUCAGUCCGGCAGUGUAUCUCAAAAGCAUUGUCACGACAAAGGAAGGAAAUGAUACGUGUACCAAUGGACUGGAGCUGCGUGCGGGAGUCAAAAGCCCCGUUGUAUUUUCUGUCUUAGACCGCUACAACUCGGACGAAUUCCUGUCAGACCCGCUUUAUGAGCAUGGCCUUGCCUGCUUUACGAAAGACGGGUAUCAGCCUAACAAGGUGGGACCGGCUAAUGGGAUUAUUGUCGACGUCAUCAGCAUAUUCAAUGGAAAAGACGUCAGCAAGGACAUUCCAGCCCUGGAUGAUGUGACAGCGAAGUUCAAGCAAGUCACCAGCAAUGGUAAUGCUGGAUUCCAAAUUGUGAUGACGACAGAGAAAGACGGUAUUCUUGUAUCUGGCACGGACGGGAAUAUCUAUCUCGUCGCCUCGAAAGCGGAUUACGAUUUCAGUGCGCCUUGGGCAUCAGUCGACAAAUCUCUUGGUAUUCUGAACAUGGAUACAUUUGGGCGUUUGAUUGCUUAUACCAGCAGCACAAGCCAGGGUGCAGUGCUUGAUCUUAUCGUGGCCGAUCCGGAGGUCAUGCCUAAGGGUGCUUCUAUUGCGGGGCUUGCUGAGGUGAAGGAUCCAAGUAAACAGGAGAGUGUCGGACCGUAUACUGUAUUCAGGGGAGUCAAACCUAGAACACUACUGGACGGGACGCCUUCAGCGUACGGGCUCUAUGCGCCCACCGUUUGCCUGGGUACCGGGGGCCUGCGGCUUUUGGGUACUUCAUUUGUGAUCACAGAUAAACUAGAUGACAAGGGUGAUGUUGUGAUCGAGGAUCCAAUGGGCUAUCAUACGUCAGACAGGAACCUUUUUGGGGAUCCUCGCAAAGCGCUGGAACGAGGCUUGGAUCAUUUGGGCUACGACAUAGCGAACUGUCGCAGCGUCAAGUUAACACAUCUUUGA